CAAAGAGACGCGAGAAGCACUGUGGCUCAACAGUCAGGACUUGCCUUCCUGGAUUCCUUCGCAAAUCCAAGCUCUAGAAUCCAAAGGCAUCCUGAAAAGGUUUGAGCAAUAAACUUAGGGCUUGGUAAUGCGAUGGAUUGGAAGGCAAACUGGCGCUUUGCGCUGCUUUCACAGCUUACUUGAAAGCACAAAGCUCCAUUCUCGUCCCGCCACCAUUGGCUUUGAUCCAUCGCUUGCCAAUACUGCCACUCUAACUGGCAAAGUUAUCGGCAAUCCCGCUGUUUACAAGGUGUUCUCUGGGAAGAUUGCGAAGGCCGUCCUCCUUGUGGAAGACAAGAGCUGCUUUUUUGUGGAUUUCCACAACGGUCUUGGAGAGUGCUUCAUUCAACACGUCCGGAGAGGGGACUGGAUUCAAGUCUCGGGGUCCGUCUCUGUGGAGAUGCAGAGAAGUGCACCCAUCGCAAAAAUUCGAGUCAGGGACUUCCAGCUAGUGGAGGGAGAUGUUCCCGGAAGAUCCGAGCAAGACGAGCACUCAAGACUAUGGCAGAAUUUCUUCGCAGCGCCGCACGACUACUGGGAUAAUCGCCACGACAAGGAAAACUCCAAGCGUCCAGAUUUUCGCCAUAAAUCGACUAAAGAAGCACUGUGGCUUGACGAUUCCAGAAAUCCUCCCUGGGUCUACGCGCAAGUUGAGAUGCUAGAGUCCCGCGGCCUCUUGAGAAAGCCAAAAUUUACUAUCGUGUAAUUUUAUCACUUACAUCAUGAAAGAGAAUAUAUUUUCACCUUCUAAGUA